AACUGCCUCACUAACACGCUUUUACCGCACUGCCAGACGAAGAAUAUAACAUUUGACGGAUUUUUCAGAAUCAAAAAGCCCAAAAAGGCGCCAACCGCAGCCUCUCAAGACGUCAUCGUCCAGUGCCAAUCCCUGGCGGACAAGAAUCAGAUCAUGGCUGCAGUUAGGGGUAAAACUACAUUCACCUUUGAAUCAUCGCAACUCUCCUAUCACGACCUGACAAGUAGGACCUUGUCGUGGCAACGUUCAUUGGGCCCAGUAACACACCAUCUACGAGAAGCGGGCAUCGACUAUAGAUGGGAAACUCCCAGAACCCUAACCGUCAACAAAGCAGGCUCCUCAUUAGACGAAGCAGAUCCAUUCCUCCAAGCCCUGGGGAUAGCACCACAACCGAGGCAACCAACCACCUCCUCAGCCGCACCGCAAUGGGACCCAGAAAGAAUACGGCCCUUCGUCCCCAGAGGAAGAGUCGACAGAGGAGACCUGACUUAA